ACUCUAGAUAAUGGAGGCGUCGACAAAUGGCUGCAAAACAGCGGUUUGUGUGUGAAUGAGGCCAGUAAGAAUAAAAAAAAAAAAAAAAAAAAAGAUCGGGGUUCAUUUUUAAUAUUCUAUUUAAUGUGUGGCCGUAACGGAGGAGGAGCUGAGCGGAAAUCGUCCAGAUCUUGGAGACAAAGACACCUCGGACCAGGUUCGCCCACAGACCUGUCUGACUGACUGGAGGUAGGCUGCAAGACUCAAGCCUAUGUGAUGAGACAGAUAGAGUGGCUGUUUGGAAUCAUCUUACUUUUGUUACCAGCUGCAUCACAAAUAGAUUAAAAAAAAAAAAAACACAAUUCCACUUCUCAUCACACACAACCUAUUAUGGACUUCCCGGGUCAUUUUCAGCACAUCUUUCAGCAGCUAAACUACCAGCGCCUCCAUGCUCAGCUGUGUGAUUGUGUGGUGACAGUUGGAGACCGGAGCUUCCAAGCACAUCGCUCCAUCCUAGCAGCUUGCAGCUCUCACUUCAGGGCUCUCCUCAGUUCCGGCAACAGCAGCGAUGGAGGAGGACAAGCUGUAUCCGACAGACCAGGAGGCCCCGGUGAGAUGGUGCUGGAUCCAGAGGUGGUAACCCCAGAGGCCUUCUCCACUUUGCUAGACAUGAUUUACACCUCCACCCUCUCUUUGGGGGCCUCCAAUGUGAUGGAUGUACUCUUGGCCGCUUCGCACCUGCAUCUCAAUGCCGUUGUCAAAGCCUGCAAACUCCAUUUGUCAAGACAAAACUUCCCCGCCUUGCCACCCAAAGGGUGGAGAUCAGUGCAGCAGCAGAGUCUGACCUUGCAGGGGUCGGGCGAGUGCAGCUUGGUUACAUCAGCCAUGGAGGAGGAUCUAGAGGAAGAGGGAGACGGGGUGGAGGUGAGCCAGUCUGGAAGUGUAGAAGAUGAGGGGAUCAGGGCGAGAGGUGAUGGUGGUGGUGGUGAGUGGAGCGCAGCUCCAACCUCAAGGCAUAAGCGCAAGUCACACAAAGACAUGUCAGAUGACAGGAAGAGAUCCUGCAGGAUGUCUGGAGAAAACUGCAGAGAGCGCUCUCCAACUGUAACCAGAAGUAUCAACAUCGGUGAGGAGGGGAACCAACUGAUGUCCCCAGACUCCCUGAAGGUGUCUGGUGCGCCGUGGCAGAGCCAAAGUGAGGAGGAGGUGGAGGAGAAAUACGAAGCAACCAAGGGAGAGCUGGAGGAAGUCCAGCUUCCGAGCCAGUCCGACAGCAGCACGGGAGGUAUGUGUCAGAAGAAUGGCGACGGAGAGAAUAUGGUGAAAGUCAAAAUGGGAGAUGAGUUUAAGGAGGAGGGUGAGGAGCAGAAGAUGGCUGUGAUUGAUGUGAAAAAAGAACAUCUGAGCUCAUUCUCUUCAGAUUUGGAGAUGCUGGCCAAUAAUUCUCCUCCAUCCCCAUCAGACGAGUCCAGCAAUCGUUUGGAGUCUCAAAUGGAUGAUGAGAAAAUACCUGUAGAGAAAACACCAGCACUUCCAGUCAUCUCUUUGAAACAAUUGAGCUCAGAUCUUCACACUGAUGUGCCAUAUGAGGUUGAAGAUGUAAGGGAGGCAUCCGUUGAUGGUGAAUGUCUAGACAGCCUUUCUGAAUUGGCUUUUUCCUGCUUCCUUAAUCCCAGUAGCGAAAGUGUCAUGGGGGCUUUGACAGAGGAAGUCACCACAGAUGCCCUCACUGCUGCUGCCACCGCGGCAGCAACUGCAGCUGACGCUCCAUCGGAGGUCGAAUCCUGUCCAAACACUGACAAGGGGAACGCUUCUCAUUCCUCUGAUUCUGCUUCCUCUUUUGUUUUUCCUGUAACAUCUGUCCCUUUGCAGCAGCUCCUCCCCACUCAGAGCCCCGGGUUCAGUGACACGCUGAUCCUUCAACCCACACAGAGUUCUGCUGCAAGGUUUGUGACGGGCAUCACACCCGGCUUCGGUCUUGACGCGUCGCUUGUUCAACCCUCAAAGGUCGGGAAAACCAGAGGAUGCGGCGGCUCACUGAUAACCUUCCGGCGUAUCGCCCCCAAAGUGCUACCUGGAUCAGAAACCAGCACAAACCCCGAUCCUUCCUCCGCAUCAGCAGUGGACGCUGUUGAUCGCCCGUCACUAACGCGAGCUUCAGAGGACGUUCUGUUCAAAUGUAAGAAAGCUGCCUCAGAGGACCACGUGUUGUUGGUGGAAGGGGAGAAGAAAUAUGCCUGCAAAAUCUGCUGCAAGACGUUUAUGAACCUGACUGACUGUAAGAAGCACAUUCGAGUCCACACAGGGGAGAAACCGUACCCCUGUCCAAAGUGUGGCAAACGCUUCAGCCAAUCCUCCCAUCUCUACAAACACUGUAAUACCUGCCAACAGACGGACACCCUGCUCUGACCUGCACUUCAAACUCAGCUUUGGGAGACAGCG